GCGGCGGCGACAGCGGACUCGCGGCCGAGCGCCGUCCUGGCUGCGGCCCCUCCGCACCGCUCCCCUCGCCGGCCGGCGAUGUGCUGACCCUCCGGCCCCGCCGCGCGCGCGCGCCCCGGGCCCCGGCGCCGCGCCCCCUCAGGGCGGGACAGGCUGCAGGCCCCGCCGCGCCCGCGGCCCCGGCCUGGGCGGCACGCACGCGGUCCCGCCCUCGGCCCCCGGCCCCGGCCGGCGACGCGACCAUGAGGCACCGGAGGUUCUUCAGAAGAGGAUGAGGCCAUUCAACCAGGUUUCAUCAGCCCCAGGCGGGGCCGGCAAAGGUGGAGAAGAGCCCGGGAAGCUGCCGGAGCAGGCAGAGGAGGAAUCCCAGGUUUUGCACGGAACUGGCCACUGUAAGUGGUUCAAUGUGCGAAUGGGAUUUGGAUUCAUCUCCAUGGUAAACCGAGAGGGAAGCCCUUUGGAUAUUCCAGUCGACGUAUUUGUACACCAAAGCAAAUUGUUCAUGGAAGGAUUUAGAAGCCUAAAAGAAGGAGAACCAGUGGAAUUCACAUUUAAGAAAUCUUCCAAAGGCCUUGAGUCAAUACGGGUAACAGGACCUGGUGGGACCCCCUGUUUAGGAAGCGAAAGAAGACCCAAAGGAAAGACACUACAAAAGAGAAAACCAAAGGGAGAUAGAUGCUACAACUGCGGCGGCCUGGACCACCACGCCAAGGAGUGCAGCCUGCCGCCGCAGCCGCGGAAGUGCCACUGCUGCCAGAGCAUCGCGCACAUGCUGGCCGCCUGCCCGCACAGGGCCGCGCCGCCCCCGGCCCGGGAGGUGGGCCGCGCGUCCCCGCCGGGCCCCCGGGACGCCCCCGGCCGCUCGCCGCCCGACGCGCCCCCCUCCAGGCCGGCCGCGGCGCCGGACGAGCAGGGCAAGAAGGGGCCCUCGGUGCAGAAGCGGAAAAAGACCUAA